AUGACAGUCACAGCAGUGCUUUGCAAACAUUAUCACAGGAGUAAAACCUGUCUUCCUCUCCUCACCAACCCCCACCUCUCUUUAUGUCGGUCCCUCUCUACAGUUGCCCUGAACAGUCGGAACGGAGUGUCUCCAGCUGCUGUGGAUGAUGGUGACAGCAAAACAGCAGGAGUGGUGGAGACCAAGAUUCCUGAAGGUGAACUUUUGCUGCAGGCUCUCAAUGGUUUUGUCUUGGUCAUCACUUCCAAUGGGACCAUUUUCUACUCCUCUCACACCAUCCAGGACUACUUGGGUUUCCACCAGACGGAUGUCAUGCACCAGAGUGUGUAUGAGCUGGUCCAUACAGAGGACCAGCAGGAGCUCAGGAGAAACUUGCACUGGGCUUUGAAUCCUCCUGCCGCUGCAUCUGCCAUUACGCAGGACUCCCCCCAAGAGAUGGAACCGGACAGCAGCUCAGCUGUGGUCACCUACAACCCUGAACAGCUUCCCCCCGAGAAUUCGUCCUUCCUGGAGAGGAGCUUUAUGUGUCGCUUUCGCUGCCUACUGGACAACUCCUCUGGCUUUCUGGCUUUGAACAUCCAGGGCAGACUGAAGUUUCUGCAUGGACAGAACCAGCGGCAGGAAAAUGGAGGAAAGGCCCCGCCUCAGCUUGCCCUUUUUGCCAUUGCAACUCCCCUGCAGCCUCCAUCCAUCCUGGAGAUCAGGACCAAGAACAUGAUCUUCAGAACCAAACACAAGCUGGACUUCACACCUACUGCCUGUGACGCAAAGGGGAAGAUAGUACUAGGGUACACAGAGGCUGAGCUGCGGGUACGAGGAUCUGGCUAUCAGUUCAUCCAUGCAGCAGAUAUGUUGCACUGUGCAGAGAACCAUGUCAGAAUGAUGAAGACUGGAGAGAGUGGUCUGACUGUGUUCAGGCUCCUCACCAAGGAGAAUCGCUGGAAAUGGGUCCAGGCCAAUGCCAGGCUGGUGUACAAGAACGGCAAACCAGACUACAUCAUCGCGACCCAGAGGCCCCUUUUGGAUGAAGAGGGAGGAGAACACUUACGUAAGCGCUCCUUGCAUCUACCUUUUACCUAUGCUACAGGUGAGGCCCUACUCUACCAGUCCAACCAUCCCAUUGCGGGUUUUAGAGAUGGAAGCAUUGAGAAAAAUGGCAGUAAGUCAAAGAAGAGUCGGACUGACAGGCUGAUAGGCGAUGGUGUAGACCCUGGCUCUCUUCUAGGGGCACUCAUGAGUCAAGAUGAGUCAGUAUACGUUUGCCAGCCUGCCGUGGAGCCCAAAAUGUCCUUCCACAGCAGCUUCUUUGGAGACCAAAUGGGCUUCUCUGACUCUGAACCUUCCAGCUUGCACAGGAGCUGGGAAGGGCCGAGCAAUGGUGUGCUGGGUGCAAGCAUCACAGGGCUAGGCACCAGCUUUGACCCACUGCUGGCUACUCUGGACUCCCUCUCCCUUGAGGGCCAAGGGGUUGUGGACUCAGAAGAGGCUGUUUGUUCGAAUGGCGAGCUGUUUGGAGCUCUGGAAGGGCUGGGGCUAAGUGCAGAAGACCUGGAGCUGCUGCUGCUGGAUGAGCGGAUGAUCAGAGUUGAGAUGGACCCUGAACGUGUGCCCACAUUGGACGACUUGCUCACAAACGAUGAGAUUCUGUCAUAUAUCUAUGACUCUAUAGAGGGUAAAACUGAUUCCACAGAGCAUGGAGGACAGGUGCCUCCCAGUACUGCCUCAGCAACAGCCACCACAGUGUUAAUACCUGAGAGCGAUCCCACCUCUAACACUAAUGUGCAACUGCAGUUUCCUCAACAUAAGAGCUCCCAGGUGGGGCAGGCUCCCAUCGUCCAGCUCUCCCAGCAGAUGCAACAGCACCUCAACUUACGUCCAGGUAAAGUGGCACAUGACUGGGGCCAGCAGACUGACCAUUUGGCUAACAUGAUAGUCAACGGUGAGCUGCUGGGGCAAAAUCAAUCGAUUCCGAAUGGACAAUGGACAGCCCAAGACAUUCUACUCAGUGCAGGGAUACCACUGGGACACUGUGACACACAACAGACUAUUUUCAAUGGCAAGGUUUCAGAACUGGAUGCUGAGCUUCACCAGCAGCAAACGCAUCCACGCUACCUUCAGCAGCAGCAGCAGCAACAACCCAUGAUGCAGAACCAUCUGUCACAGCAGUGCCAUGCCAAACAGAAGGCAGCCAACCUCAACGGACUGUGUGGCAUCUCCAGCACAGAGCAUUCAGUGGGGAAAUCCCAGUGGCAGGACUAUGAAUUCAGGGAGAGUCUAGGCAGCAACCCCUGCCUUGAUAACAGCCAAAAACCUCUGACAAACACCUCACUAGAUUCUUGCAUGGAUUAUAGCAUGCCUGAUAUUGACAAUCCGGAUUACGCUAUUAGUGGAAAUGGUUUGUUUGGGAGUAGUGGACAACAACAUGGGGCUGAGACCACAGUUUCAUCGUUCCAGGGAAUGAACCAUAAACGGCAGCAGGAGCAGAUCACAGUCCCUUUGGCCCAGGUCAUCUCCAGUCUAACACAGUGCCCUCCCCCCAACGCCUCCCUGGAGCAGAUCCUAGGAGUGAGCAAGCCUUGCCGGCAGUUGGACCACUAUGGCAUAGUGACCACUGAGAUCCCUCAUGAGCCCAGUCCCAAUAAGAUGGAGAAUGGCUGCAUCCUGAACAGUACUUACCCAGGGGGCUGUGCUUUGCCCAAUAGGAACGGAGCAGCGCCCCCUACUGUGCAGAUGCCCGCCCCUGAGACUUUGUCCAGCCUUCCCGACCCACCAGCCACCGGCUUCUACCUCUGACCAGCUGACCGGGAACAGUCAUGCAGCAGGACACUGUUAAUGGCCAGAAACACACAAUGACUGGACCAGCCUUAUACAUCUAGAUAACACA